AUGGUUAAAAAAUAUAUGGUAUAUCUUAAACAAGUCAAUAAUUCAAUGAAUAAAUUACAUAAAUCAUUAGAACCAGCAUGGAAUGGGGUAGAAAAUAUUAUGGUUAAAAUUAUUGAAGCUUGUAACCAAUCAGAUUCUAUCUAUGAUGACUUAAAUAAAUAUAUUAAUAUUGAAAGAUAUCUUUCAGAAUCAGGAAUGAAAAGGCAUCGGUUUAUAAAGAAUUUAGAAUUGAUAUUCCUAAUAGGUUUUUAUCAGUAUCAUGCUGGUAAUUAUCUUGGAACUACAACUUUUAUAUGGAAAAUACCAAUUGAAGUUAAUGAUUAUACAGAAACACAAAAUACAAACAUUAUUAUCUAA